AUGCCGAUUCUGGACAUCGCAGCCGGGACAGUCGCACAGGCGUUUGUGGCCACAUGGGUUUCACGCUAUGGCUGCCCACUGCGCAUAACAACCGACCGUGGACGACAAUUCCAGAGCAACCUAUUCUCUGCGCUGGCAAGGCUUCUGGGAACACGGCUCCAGUUCACCACGGCUUACCACCCAGAGAGCAAUGGAAUGGUGGAGCGGCUACACCGUCAACUGAAGGCAUCUCUAACGGCCAAAUUGAAUAGAGAGCACUGGGUGGAGAAGCUCCCUCUCGUUCUUCUGGGCCUGCGUACCGCGCUAAAAGAAGACCUCGGAUUCAGUGCAGCAGAAAUGCUGUACGGCUCUACAAUCCGACUACCGGGAGAAUUCUUUGGUGAGAAACCAAGCACUGCGCCGACACCUUCAGAACAUAUGGAAAGGCUAUAUUCCUGGUUGGAGCACCUGCGACCCAACGCGCCACGCGUCAGCCGCGAACAAAGAGUGUUUUCGUUCCCAGACAUGAAUACGGCAACCCAUGUGUUCGUGCGACGAGACACAGUGAAAGCGCCGUUGACUCCUGCGUACGACGGGCCCUUCCGUGUGUUGUCGCGGUCCAACAAAACUGUGACCAUUCGUGUUCGCGACAGAGAGGACAUCGUUUCUCUCGACCGCGUGAAACCGGCUCACCUCAUGGACUAA